UGUGUGCCUUGUGAGAGGCCGGCGACCAGUUCAGGGUGUAGUGCGCCUUUCGCCCCAAGUCAGCUGGGAUAAGCUCAACUGCCCCGCUACCCUGAACAGGACAAAAUGCAUUGAGAAUGGAUGGAGUUAACAAGGCAAACACAAUAAACGGUACAGAGAAUGGAUGGAUGCAACAAAAUGGCGCAGAGUCCGUAUGCGGUGUCCAGAGUAACGUGGGUCGGAACCGUUUCAUUUGGACUGUGGCGUGUAAACGGCGGACGCUGUCGGUCCGGAUGAAUUCUGAGGAGAGGACACAACAGCACGCCUCGCUCCGCCAAGGCAGUACUCGAGCAGUCCAUCAAACCACAGUGGACCCUGAUGAGCUGAAAUAUUUCCGAUCACUGGCCAUCAAGUGGUGGGAUGAAAAUGGCGUGUUCAGGGCCCUUCAUGCCAUGAAUGACCUGAGAGUGCCUUUCAUAAGAGAUAAUCUGAAUGUGCACAAAGCACAUCAUCCUGGGAAACCACUUGCCGGACUGAGAGUACUAGAUGUUGGCUGUGGAGGCGGACUGCUCACUGAGCCCCUUGGUCGCCUUGGAGCCAACGUGUUGGGUAUAGACCCAGUGGAAGAAAGCAUCGGCACGGCACAGCUGCAUUUGUCGUAUGACCCCGAUCUUAGCGAGCGGGUCAGCUAUCGGGCAUGCACCCUGGAGGAGCUGUCGGCAAAUGUGGCGGAACGAGAAGUGGGCCGGGGAGACGUCCUGUUUGAUGCCAUCGUAGCGUCCGAGGUUGUGGAACAUCUGGCCGAACUGGAGACAUUCGCCUUCUGCUGCGGACGCGUACUGAAGCCCGGCGGCUCACUCUUCAUCACCACCAUUAAUAAAACCAACCUGUCAUACGUGCUGGCUAUCGUGGUGGCUGAGCAGCUGCUGCGCAUCGUUCCCAGGGGGACGCAUGACUGGGAAAAGUUUAUCAGCCCAAUAGAACUGGAGCGCCUUCUGGAGUCCAAUGGUUUCUCAGUGAAGUCGGUCCAAGGUCUGAUGUACAACCCAGCCUCAGGAGCCUGGAGCUGGAUCAACAGCAACGCCAUCAAUUAUGCCCUGCAUGCUGUCAAACUGGCUGAGGAGCCCCAGUCAGACCCCCAAACAGGCAGCCUCACAUAGCUGUGCCACUGAACAUGACAGAGAUCGGUCAAGAAAUUUGAGACAAUUGCUGAUUUGAACAUCUAGGCAGCAGACAAUUAUUUAAAUGAGUUUGUUAGGAGCAGAGCUGCAGCUCCACACUGCAUCUGUUUGAAUGCUCAUGGCUACUAUUGAAUAAUUCCAGCUUGAGUCACUGAAUAUGCAGGACAUGAGUCAAACAUGUUAUUUUAUUUGUCUGGAAUGCUAACAAUAAACACAAUUCUGUGUGA